UGAAUGUUUAUUGUACUGAAAUUUUACUGAUAUGUCACUUGCAUAAUAAUUUGGAACACGGUGUAUGUAUAAAAUUAUGUUUUUAUCAAACAUAACCCAAACACCCAGUAGACAUUUUUUUACAAAGACAACGUGUGAGGAAACAUCUGAUACUAUCCCUGUUAAUACAUGCAAAUCUGAGCUGAAGGUGAAACUUGAGCUGCAGAGUCCAUGUUGCUGCUUAUUUCCCAGGAGAGAUUAACAUUCCCAAUGAAUUCUCUACAUUACCUCUCCAACAUAACUCAACACAGCUCUGGGGCUCCUAAAAGGUGAGAGAUGCCCCUCCAGAUAACACACAGCCACAUUCACAUGCACUGCACACUCACUGGGCCUAUGUCUAAGGAUCCGUUUUAGACUGGGAUUCUCAUCAGGGCCAAGUUACCAGGCACAAAUGUAUAAAAAGGGUUGAAGGGGUGUGUUCAGCUGUGUCCAAUGGAAAAUUCUUGGAAGCAGGCCAUGUGAGGUACACAGGGACAGAGAGAAAGAAAGGGAAAUAUAACAGAAAGUAGCCAGAAGAAAGUUCUAGCUCAUUUAUUUUUAGUCAAUUUGUGUUUUGUGGUGUUAAUGAUUCAUGGUGAGGGGACAGAAAUAGGAAAAACAGAAGGUGUUGGCACCACCUUGGCCACACUCCAGUAAUCCUGCAGUGGAGUAGCUUGAUACAGACAAGACGUUGGAAUAAAGAAGACAGAAAACAGGCAAAGAAAGACUACAGGAAAGAUAGUAUAUACAAUCAACAGCAGUAAAUGAGACAGCGAGAGAGAACGUGUAACAGUGUUUGUAAUUCAGUUAGGGAGGCAGACAUAAUUUGACAGUAAACCAAGGAGUUGCUGACUCACGUCACUGGAAACUUUGGACAAUUAAGUCCAGACAAACAUAACCUCCCCUCAGAGGCGAACACAGACAUGUCUCUGUUGAUGUCACUGUCAACAGUGGCAUAUGACUGAGACGUCCACUUCAAGAGGCGGUGUCAAAGGGAACAUCUACUUCAUACUAGACUUCUUCCCUUUUAUUGAAAAGCACCAAGUGUCUACAUCUUUGAGCUCCCACAGGAAGCGAUCGACAAGGGAGAAGAGGUCGAGCACUGGAUGGACAACAGUGUGGAGGAAGUGUUUCUAUUACUAUCCCUCAGGACGCAUAUUGAUCUGGGACGAAUUUAAUCUGCAGUCUCUUUUUCCCUGGACUAAGGACACCAAAUUUAUUGGCACUUUGUUGUGAUAAAAACUUUACUAAGCUUCUGCCCUUCAACUUCUGAAUUUUCAGAACUGAAACUGAAGGAACACUUUUACAGAAAUGUGCUGAAAAUGAGAGGUGUGCACUUGAACAAUGUCUCCUCUUUCAGAAUGAGGACUGUCAUCUGAUUUGGAAUGCUGAUAUAUCCGAUAAGCACGCAUAUCUGAGCUAGAGGGUCAGUGUUGCACAUCAGCAGGAGAGAGAGAAAGAGAGAGAGAGCUUCUCUUCAGUGCACUAAGUCUUACCUGCAGACAGGAGAGCGAGAGAGAGGGAGGAGGAAGAGCAAAGGGAAAGGAACAUCCAGUUCUAGACUAAACAAGUUUUUAAAACAUGAGCAAAAGGGAUUUUGGUUCAUUGAAGACAUUCAUUCUGUGCCAGUUUCGGGAUUGCUACUAAAAACAAGGUGAGGUCAGGAUAGCGGAUGUGUGUCCCCCCAAAAAAGACAGAGGGAUAAAGAGACAGAUGAGAAAAGAUGCCUGAAAACAAGCAGACAAUCCAGCGGACUGGAAGCUAUCUGUCUCACUCUGCUUACAGGAAGAUAAAAAGGGUGCUGAGCUUCAGAAGACGUGUGUUUGGUCAAAGGUUGGAGGAGACAGUCCUGUAUGAGAGGAGGUAUGGGGAUCACAUGGCUCCUCUGGUGGUAGAGCAGUGUGUCGAUUUUAUCAGAGAGCAUGGGCUCACGGAGGUCGGACUCUUCAGGCAGCCCGGCCAGGCCACACUGGUUAAAGAGCUGCAGGAAGCUUUUGAUGCUGGGGAGAAACCAUCUUUUGACAGCAGCACAGAUGUCCACACAGUGGCAUCUUUGCUGAAGCUAUACCUCAGGGAACUGCCUGAACCUCUGGUGCCAUUUUCCCGCUAUGAAGAGUUUCUUAUAUGUGGCAAAAGAAUCCCCUCAAACAGAGAAAAGGGUUUGCAAGAUUUGAAGAGUCUCCUUUAUGAGCUGCCUGUAGCGAACUUCAAUCUUCUGAAAUACAUCUGCCAAUUCUUAAACGAUGUUCAAUCAUACUCCAAUGUCAACAAGAUGAGUAUCCAGAACUUGGCAACUGUUUUCGGGCCAAAUAUUCUCCGACCUAAAGCUGAGGACCCAGAAAGUAUCAUUGGAGGGGCAGCAGUUGUGCAACAUCUAAUGUCUGAACUGAUUCGUGAGCACAGCUUGCUCUUCUCCAGAGAGAACUGCAACCCUCCUGAAACGUCUCUGCAAGCUGUCCACCCCAUACAAAGACACAGUAAUCUUGUGGAAUGGGUGCAUGAACCACCUGCCCACCUGAGGGAGCCUCUGCUGAGCAAAGAUCAUGUGACCCUUCCAGAUCAGACUGUAGCCUGUUCACGUAAACACUCUCUACCGUUAACCACAGAGAGGAGAGGGUCUUUUCAAAGCCCUUGUGAGAAAAACAUUAACAAUCAUCUAUCAGACACAGAGGACACUUCACCAACCAGCUCUACUCUGAUUUAUGACAACCACAGUCAACAGAGCUCAGCACAAGAAUGUCUAAAUACAAGACAAGUACCUAUACCCUCCACCACUCCAACUGCCUGCUCUUCUAUGACCAAAGUGCUAGAAGCUGGGGUUGAAAUUUGUGUGCAGUCAAGGAGCUGGCCUGACAUUGAAGAACCCAGCUGGAGUCCAGAAAGAGCAUUAGGGGAGAGUAAAGGCAGCAGUGAAGUCCAGGAUAGUACCUUAUCUGUCUAUGACAACAUAGUUACUGAGGAGCAGGGGGAGCGAAAUACAGAAGAUAAAGAGGCCAAAGGUACUGCCAGCAUGGCUGAGAGCAGCAGCACUUGGUCCUCCUGUGAGAUUGUGCCUUUGGAUGGGGGCAGUGGGAGCGGUGGAGCUGCAAGCCCAUGCCAUGGUUCCCCAGGACAGUUCCCCUCAUUCAGAAUGGACUCUGGUGAAGACGACCUUCGCCCUAACUCCCCUGCCUCAUCAUCUGCUCCCACAGAUGCCCCUUUAAGCACCGGCAGCAGUGAAGUCUUUUUGCCAAAUGCUCCGCAAGAGCCCUUAGGUUUUCCAGCCUCCCAUGCCAUGCAGUGCCUCAUUGCAGGGCUUCGUCAACAGAUGACCAGGCAAAAGGCAGAGUAUGAGGCAAAAAUUAACAGGCUGGAGCAGAGGAACAAGGUACUUCAGGUUGAAGUUGCAGGGCUGCACUCAACUCUGGAGCAGCAGCGGCGCUGGGUCAGUGUGGCUGAGAUCAAGAUGCGAAAUGUAGAGCGUGCCCGUGCAGAUGCUGACAGACGGAACGCCACUCUGCAACAGGAGAUGGAGCAGUUCUUUGAAACAUUCGGCGAGCUUAACGCAGAGGCUCGGAAAACCAGUCGCAUUGUUCAGAGUUUUUGAAUUCACAUGCUGUUUGUGAUUCACGUGCUGUGCUACAAAUCCAACCUUAGCAGCCUAUGAAAGGUUUCAAUGUUUUAGGGCACUGUUUUCCAACUGUGGUCCUGGAGUACCCCUAACAGUACGCAUUUUGGAUAUCUUCCUUAUCUGAUACCCCCCCAUUUUAGAAAUAAGUCUGGGAGUUUCUACAAAUGAGCUAUUGAGUUUACUUAGGGAGACAUACAAAAUAUGUAAUGUUGAAUACUCCAAGAUCAGGACUGGGAAACACCAGUUUCAGAGUAAUAAAGGUGUUAAAAUCAGGAGUCUGUUUCAGGGUUGUAGAAAUGAGGAUGCAUUCCCGAGGGAAACCAUUGCCCCACUUUUAAGUACAAUUCUGUUGCCUGAACGACUGUACAGACCAGCAUGUUCAAAAUAAUAUUAAAAACAAUUUUUUGCCAUUAAAGUGUUCAAAGACAAUGGAGUGACCCAAAAGUAGGAUAAAGUUUAAUGAUGUAGACUAAUGCUUUGUCUAAGCAUGGAUGCCAUAUUUGAGAAAAGAGAUUCUUAUGAAAACUAGUCCCUAGGGAUACUCUAAGACAGGGGUGUCCAACCCUGCUCCUGAAGAGCUACCAUCCUGCAGAUUUCAGCUCCAACCCCAAUCACACCUGAACCAGCUAAUCAAGGUGUUCAGGGCAGAGAUUGUAUAUUAUAGGGAGAUGAGAGGGUCUGUAUCUCUUACCAUUGGAGAAAGCAUAACGGCUAACUUAAUCAUGUGCGGCACCUCUCAGCCUAUUGUGUAAUGGCAGUGACAUCAGUGCCCGUCGUUCAAAACUCCUUCCCUGUGUACCGCCACAGCUGGAGCCUUAGCAUUAGCCGUUAUGCUUUUUUGGCUAAAGGUUGCAGGCUUGCCUUCCAGUGGCUUUACACAACAUCUAUUGUUCUAUCUGUUAAACAUUAAUGUGGCACAUUUGCUGUUGGUAAUGCCGUAAAUGAGUCCUACCUGUUGCAACAUUCUGCCUUCUCUUAAAAAAUAAAUUUUUAUCAAGCUAAAAUCUACAUAUAGUUCCCAACGAAAGUAUUGUUUAGUGUAAAACAUACUGAAGAUUAGCAAACAGGCUGUCUAUUAAUUAAAUG